AUUUCGUCCAUGGACUUAUAAAUAAAUAGUGUUACAAAACAAAAACCCAUGACGACCAAAGUAAAAACUAAACUUGGCGUCCUUGUGGGGGCAACAAGAAAAACUCAAAAUGGCUUCGAAUAUGAUGACUUCCUUAAUAUACCUUACGCCAAACCUCCUGUUGGAUAUCUACGAUUUAAGAGUCCCCAGCCACCCGAUCCAUGGCAAGGAGAAAGAAAUAGCACGGUGUACAGUGAGUCCAACCUUUGCAUACAGUAUGACCUAUUUAAGCGAAUACCUCGCGGUUCUGAGGACUGCCUCUACAUAAACGUGUCUACGCCGAAGGUCCCUACAGCAGGUCUGUUAAUGCACCUCUUACCAGUCAUGGUCUUCAUACACGGUGGAGGAUUCUUCUUCGGAAAUGGUCUGGCUAAAUUCGAGAACGGUCCAGACUACCUAAUAGAACAUAACGUUGUUGUAGUUACUAUGAAUUACAGACUCAGUGCUUUGGGAUUCCUUGCCUUAGACAUACCUGAAGCUAGUGGUAACAUGGGACUAAAAGACCAAGCACUAGCAUUGAAAUGGAUUCAAGAGAACAUAGCAGACUUUGGAGGAAAUAAAGAUGACGUCACCAUUUUUGGUAUUGGCGCUGGAGCGGCUUCCGUAGAGUAUCAUGUAAUAUCUCCUUUAAGUACAGGUCUGUUCCAUAAAGCUAUAAUGCAAUCGGGAUCAGUACUCAAUCCGUGGGCUAUAGAAACAUCAAAUAAAAUCAAAAAUCUUGCAUUUAAAUUGGCCCGAAAUCUAAACUAUCAAGGUGCACAAAACGACUAUCCUGCAAUAUACGAACAUCUGAUGAAUACACCUGCUGAGCAAAUAGUUGCAGCGACUUACCAAAUCCAAGAACUUCUUACAGCAAAAGGACUGUACUAUGGGUUUGUUCCAACAAUAGAACAAGAUUUUGGAUAUGGAGACGCAUUUUUGACGGAAAUACCAUACGACCUAUUAACUUCUGGACGAUUCAACAAAGUACCAGUUAUGAGAGGUUUUACCAAUUCAGAAGGAUUUAUAAUCAGCGGUCUAAAACCUCAAGACAUCAAAGAAAUAACUAUGCUUCAGAAUUAUGUUGAUUAUUGGAGAUUUCCUUUCAAUACAUCUACCGAUGCAUACUAUUACAAUGAGAGAUUUCGACAUGUCUACAACAGUUACAAUGGAAAUGACACUGAGAGGCCUGCUAUAGAUUUCUUUGGGGACUUUGAAUUUGUCAGUGGUAUCAUUAUUAGUUCCAAAUUGAUGGUGAAGAACGCAGUGCCAGUAUACUUAUAUAAAUUCUCGUAUGACGGUACAUUGAAUCUUAUUAAAGCAGCGAGCCGUGUCACCAAGAAAGGGGCUGGUCACGCAGAUGACACCGCGUACACGAUACUUAUAGAGCCGCGAAGGAAUCUCACACAGAAUGAUGUUACCGUUAGAGAUAGAAUUUCGACUAUGUGGACUAAUUUUGCUAAAUUCUCGAACCCUAUCCCGAACAUAAGUAACCUGUUGCCCAUAUACUGGCCGCCCUACAGUACCGGUGAACAAUUCCUGAUGGUUAUCAACAAGGACCUCUCUACGUGUUCCAAGUACGCAGAAGAACGAAUACAGUUAUUCGAAGAUAUUAUGAAGAAAUAUCAUAGAUAGACGCUAGGACGA